ACUCGCCUAUUCCAAAUUCCCCAGUAUUUCAAAGUCAAAACCAUUUUCCUCGGAUUUGCCCUUCAGUCAUUUGCUAUUGGUUAUUGCGAACUCCCACUAUUUUGAACUAUAUUUUGUUUCUUUCUAGAGUUGAAAAUAGCAGGGUUCAACUGUUCAUAAUCAACUUACAUUUACACUGUAAGGUCUGUAAGCAUCAACCCUUUAUAGAUUGUCUCAUUUUUCAUUAUCAUUCUCACUAUCUCUUGGCAGGCGGAUUCUCCCCAGUUACCAUCUGACUUGUCUGGAGAGACUUUCAGCCAUGUGUUUGGCACUAACACAUCUAGUCUUGAGCUCCUUCUCCUUAGUCGUAAGAUGAAAGGUCCUUGUUGGCUCACUAUCAAGUUUCCUCAACUUCCUCAACAUCCAGUCAGUUGGUGUAAAGUAGAGGCUGUUGUCUCAAAACCUGAUCACCUUGAAGUGGCAAGUGAACAAGAUCCUCCACCACCCAUGGUUGUCAUGAGCCUCAGUUUUAGGACAAUGUUGAACACAAAGACUCACACUCAUGAGAUCUUGGCUGUGUCAGCUCUGGUACAUCAUGAAGUGUCACCAGACAAAGCAGCACCAAAACAGAAGUUCCAGUAUCAUUUUUGUGCUGUAAGCAAACCGAGUGAUCAGAUGUACCCUUAUGACUUCAAAGAUGCUGUCAGGAAAAGGCAAAUUAAAAUGGACAUCACGACAUCAGAGAGAGCUCUUCUUGGAUUAUUUAUGGCCAAGAUUCACAGAAUUGAUCCAGAUGUUCUUGUGGUAUGUUUAUUCAUGUUUUUGGUUAUAAAAAAAAGCUAAUGAACUGGACCGGUACAGGGCUGUCAUCAAGGGCUGUAACCCGUAGAACCUGUUACAGCUGAGUAUGCUUUAUUUUCCCUUGAUGUUACUGGUGAAAUUGCC